AUGUUUAGACAAUCGGGGCGAUUGGCCACGACAACGUUGAGGACUAGAAUUGGCGCUGGAAGUCGGUCAUUUACUUCUACAGCCACUGCUCAACUACGAAGUCGAGCGGUGUUCGGUACUACCAUCCUAAGUGGUGUACUUGUGGCUUAUACAGGACUACAACUGCUUGAUCCAGGAAUGGUGAACCCAAUUCGACUCGAUUCUCCGCCUGGAAAGUUGACUUCUGAAACUACUGUCCAGCCUGAUACGAAAGUGGCAUUUCCCAACAGCAUAUCUAUCGACAAAGAUGAGUUCCAACUGCUGGGAUCUGGCGUCAGAUCGGUCUCAUUCUUUUUCCAGGUGUAUGCUGUUGGAAUUUAUAUUGCCAAAGACGAUAUCAACAAAGUGAAACAGGUGUUAAGUUCUUCUGUAUCAGCCGACCCGGCACAAAUCCAAGCUGCAUUAUUAGACGAUGUUCGCAGUGGCGAGCUCAUUUCUAAAUUACUCGCUGCUGGUACUCGUCUGUCAAUUCGAAUUGUCCCUGUUCGCAAGACUGACUUUGGUCAUUUGCGUGACGGAUUUGUUCGUGCAAUUGUGGGCCACCCGAGAUUCAAGCAAUUACCGGCUGACAACGGCGGCGAAGGUAUCGGGGAUCUUAAAAAGGCUUUUGGCCGCAAACGCUCGGUUCUUAAGGGCCAGAUCCUCUACCUGAAUCGUUCUACUGAUGGAAAGCUUUCAAUUGAGUUCUAUGCAGACACUAAAGAGUCACCAGAUGCCCACGAAGUCCUGGGUGUUGUCGACGAACCUUUAAUCUCAGAACUGCUGUUCCUCAAAUAUCUCAGUGGCAAGAACCCAUCCAGUGAGUCUGCCCGCCAAACUUCAGUUGAUGAACUCUCACAGUUGGUUGCUGUUCACUGA